CCAAAAGAAAAGUAAAAAACUUAAAAAAAAAGAAAAAAGAAAAAAAAGAAAGAAAGAACAAAAGCAUGCGUCUCUUCUCUACUUCAUCUUCUUCACCAAAACCCAACUUUCCUCUCUUUUCGCCUUCUCAAAACCCCAAAAGAUCCACCUCCAAAACACUUCCUCCCUUCAAAACUCGCCUUCCCUCUCCUUCAUUCCUCUCGCUCCCUCCAUGCACUGCCAACAGCUCCCCCUCUUUCCCCGUCCUCGACCAAGAAGCCGACCGGGAAGACUCUUUAGAACCCAAGCAAGACACUUUCAAGAAGGUCCUUGUUGUUCGACGCCCAGUCAUGGAUGUUUCCGGUGAAGAAAAUGAUGAUGGGAGUGAAGAUGGUGAAGCGGAAGGAGAUGACGUCAUUUCGAAGCCGUCGGGUAUAGAUGCUGGCCUUGAAGAGUUUGCCAAGAAGAUGCCUCUAUUCGAACCCGAAAGAGGCGAGUCCGGUGGCACACUAGAGAAGCCACUUGCGGUGAACUUGGACUUGUCAUUGUAUAAAGCCAGGGUUUUGGCGAGGAAGUAUCGAUAUGAAGAAGCUGAAAAUAUACUGGAGAAGUGUAUAUACUAUUGGCCUGAAGAUGGGAGAUCAUAUGUAACAUUGGGGAAGAUAUUGAGCAAGCAAGCAAAAAGGACAGAAGCGAGAGCCGUAUAUGAGAGAGGUUGCCAAGCUACCCAAGGAGAAAAUCCCUACAUUUGGCAGUGCUGGGCUGUGUUGGAGAAUAAGAUGGGGAAUAUAAGAAGGGCUAGAGAACUUUUUGAUGCGGCCACCGUUGCUGACAAAAGACACAUCGCUGCUUGGCAUGGAUGGGCAGUUCUGGAGCUAAAACAGGGGAAUGUGAAGAAAGCAAGGCAUCUGCUUGCUAAAGGUCUCAAAUUUUGCGGUGGAAAUGAGUAUGUCUAUCAAACCCUUGCAUUGCUUGAAGCUAAAGCGAAUAGGUAUGAGCAGGCCCGGUACUUGUUCCGCCAGGCCACCAAGUGUAACCCAAAAAGCUGUGCCAGUUGGCUUGCAUGGGCGCAAUUGGAGGUACAACAGGAAAACAAUCGCGCUGCGAGGCUCCUAUUUGAGAAAGCAGUCCAAGCAAGCCCCAAGAACAGGUUUGCAUGGCAUGUUUGGGGAGUUUUUGAAGCUAAUAUCGGCAAUGUCGACAUGGGAAGAAAACUUUUGAAGAUAGGCCAUGCACUCAAUCCUAGAGAUCCCGUUUUACUUCAGUCUCUUGCUUUGUUGGAAUACAAACACUCAACGGCAAAUCUAUCUCGUGUUUUGUUUAGGAGAGCCUCUGAGCUGGACCCAAGGCAUCAACCAGUGUGGAUAGCAUGGGGAUGGAUGGAAUGGAAGGAAGGGAAUAUAUCAACGGCGAGGGAGUUGUACCAACGAGCACUUUCGAUUGACUCGACAACUGAAAGUGCUGCUCGAUGCUUACAGGCUUGGGGUGUUUUGGAACAAAGAGCUGGUAACUUAUCUGCAGCUAGAAGGUUAUUUAGAUCGUCGCUCAAUAUAAAUUCUCAGAGUUAUGUAACAUGGAUGACAUGGGCAGCAUUGGAGGAGGACCAAGGAAAUUCUGUGCGUGCUGAAGAAAUCCGUAACCUCUACUUCCAGCAGCGUACUGAAGUUGUGGACGAUGCAUCAUGGGUAACGGGAUUUUUAGAUGUCAUUGAUCCAGCGCUUGACAGCAUAAAGAGGCUACUGAACUUGGAUCAAGGCCUCAUCAACAAGGCACGAGAGCCUUCGAAAGAUGCAGAAUCUAUUGAAGAUGGUGCUGAAGAACCAUUUCUUACUACUUCUUUGGGACUAAAUGAUGGCAAUGAUAUUGGAUACGGAAGCAGAUUUGACUUGAAUGCUUUCAUCAAAGAUAAAUUAUCAUUAGAUCCAUCUAAGCUGGACCUUUUGAUGGAAAACUCAGGAAAGUCAUCUCCUAAGAGAGUAACAUCUCCAAGAAGAAUGUGGAGAUCACAGAAUCGAACCACCAUGACUUUGCCUUGACCGAGCAUAUAAAGUUUACAGCUGCUACUGCUGAUGCAUGCUCGAAUAUAUACUUGUUAUCUCGGAUGCGACGACGGAUGCUUCCUAGACACAGUAUGAAACUGGAAAAAAUGCUUUGAAGUUACAAACCCAUCUGUAUACCAAUUGUAGAGUACUGAGACAGACAUCAAAUCCAAAUCUUGAAAGUGUCAAAUUUGUAUAUAUAUUUUUUGAAUCAAACUGCAGCAGUGUAAUGAUA